UUUUCCAUCGCGGAAUUAUCCGUUAAUCGAAUCAAAUUUCUAAUCGACGGAAGUGGUGGUGAUCCUCUUUGGGAGGAUCGGGCGCGAAACGCCAGAAUGAUUCCAACCUCGUACAAGCAGCCAGUUUGUUUAACAUUCGUGUCUGCAUUGUUUGAAACGCCUGCGCGAAUUUUCUUGGGAAUAGAGGUGCGCUGGAGUAGGGGUAGCGCGGGAUUCAGGGUCGAAAUUGCACGGUGGUUGAAAAGCAUCGGAUACCAGUCGAGGACAGGCGGUCUCGCGUUUAAGUGGUCCAUCAAUUCCAUGUCGCCUUUGGUCCUGUUCUUUCAUUACGGAGUUUUGGCCAUCAUUUUCGGGAACGGUUUUGGGGAUGAACACGAAUAUAGAUUGACGAAAUAUCUGCUCGAUGGAUACGACGCCGGUGUACGUCCAGCCGAGAAUUCCUCCCAACCCCUGGCGGUCGUCUUUGGCCUUUCUCUUCAUCACAUAAUCGACGUGGACGAGAAGAAUCAGAUACUGACGACGAAUUGCUGGGUGACACAGAUUUGGACGGACCAUCACCUGAAAUGGAACGCCUCGGAGUUCGCGGGGAUCCGAGUGAUUCGUGUUCCUUACAAUCGCGUCUGGAGGCCGGACACGAUCCUCUACAACAACGCCGAUCCACAGUACAGCUCGGCAGUCAUAAAUACGAACGUGAUAGUGAGUCACACGGGGGAGGUGGUGUGGUUGAGCCAUGGGAUAUUUCGCAGCAGCUGCGACAUCGACGUCGAGUUCUUCCCCUUCGACGAGCAACGCUGUGUGUUGAAAUGGGCCUCCUGGACGUACGAUGGAUACCAAUUGGAGUUGGAGAAGCAAAGCGAGCAAGGAGACGUGAGCAAUUAUCAAGCGAACGGUGAAUUCGACUUGGUCAAUUUCUCCGCGAGAAGGAACGUGGAGUAUUACUCCUGCUGCCCGGAACCGUAUCCGGACAUCACUUACGAGAUACGAUUGCGACGUCGACCGAUGUUUUACGUCUUCAAUCUGAUACUUCCAUGCAUACUCAUCAACAGUGUCGCCCUGUUGGUAUUCUACGUGCCGUCUGAAUCGGGGGAAAAAGUCACCCUCGGGAUUUCGGCCCUCCUCUCUAUGACGGUCUUCCUAAUGACUAUUCGCGAGUCACUGCCGCCCACGGAGAAAACACCAUUAAUAAGUCUUUAUUACGGUGUCAGUAUAUGCCUGGUGACAUUCGCUUCAGCGUUAGCGGUGGUCACGUUGAAUCUUCAUCACCGCGGUGUUCGUGGUACCAGAGUACCGGGUAUCGUUAGAUCGUUGGUGUUGGACAAGCUCGCAAGGAUAGUGCUCCUCAACUUUCAAGAGGAGAGAAGAUCGGAACCGGUCGAACCGCCGAGAAGAAAAAACAAUUGUCCGCUUCACUGCAAACCGGAGCUGGGCCAAUCGCAAUCGUCGCCCAAGUUCGUAGCCAGAAGGGAGGAGAGUAAUAGCAGCAGUCCUAGUUUAGAUCUUGGAAAAGAAGGUGGCCUUGAGGCGCAAUGGUCACGCGUGCUAGGGAGGGUGCACGCGACUAUAGAGAGAAACGAGAAACGGCUCGCGGAGCAGGAUCGUCGCGAGCGAAUGGAAUUUGAUUGGAAACAGGUCGCGUUGGUCAGCGAUCGAGCGCUUCUUUGCGUUUUUUUUUUGACCACGAUCGUCAGCACCACGGUCAUCCUGUGUGGUUCUCCGCCAAGCGCGAACAUUGCCAAAGAGGGUUAAGAGAGAUAAGAAAAUGGACGAUGGUAGAAAUACGGAAUUCGAGUAACUUUGUUUCAAAUAAGAUCCAUGAUAUAAGUAUUCAAUUACACUUGUAACUAUUAUAUAAGCAAUUUUAGGGAUAAGUAUGUACGUACAACGUUCGUUCGUCGAAGAUAAGUUGCUGGAAGAAUAAAUUCUUUUUCUUUUA